ACAAGAACGAAAUGAAAGUGUUAAUAAUCUUAGCAGUGUGUGUGGCUGCAGCAACAGCACAAUUUGGAGGCUUUGGAGGCGGUUUUGGUGGUCGCCCCGGUUUUGGAGGAAGUCGCUUUGGUGGUCCUGGCUUUGGCGGUUUUGGUGGUCGUCCAGGUUUUGGUGGUGGUGGUCGUUUCGGUGGUCCUGGCUUUGGCGGUGGUGGUUUCGGUGGCCGUCCAGGAUUUGGCGGUGGUGGUGGUUUUGGCGGCAGCAGUUCCAGUGCUCAAGCAGGUUCUACCGCCAAUGGUGGUGCUGUUACUUUUCCAGGAGUUAACGGGGGAUCAUCGAAUUCCAAUGCGGGAGCCUCUGCUUCUUCGAAUGGUUUCGGUGGCGGUGGCUUUUUGGGCUAAGAGCAUAGUUUAUUAUUUGUGAUCUAAUGUAGUAUGAAUAAAUUAAGUUAAAUAUUUUAAA